UCCUCCCACGCGGAAGCGGAAGAGCUCUGAGGCUCCGGCAGGCCGCCGUCCCCGCCGUAGCUGUCCGGUGGCCGCUGCCGAGCUUUCGCGUCCGGCUGUAGUCAUGUCCAGCCCCCGAAGAAGCCUCGACGGCCGCCCAGCGGGCUCGGCGGCGGGCGCCGGCGGCAGCGGCAGCCCAGCUCAUGGGAACGGUAGUGGCGGCGGUGGCGGCGGUAGCGGCAGCGGCGGCGGCGGCCGGUUCGAGUUCCAGUCCCUGCUGAGCAGCCGCAGCCCAGGCCCCGAGCCGAGCGCGGCGCGGCUCCGGGCCUCCGACAGCCCAGUGCACCGUCGCGGCUCUUUCCCAUUGGCCGCGGCGGCCCCGCCGCCGCCCCCUUUGCCCGAGGAGGACUGCAUGAGGCUGAACCCUUCCUUCGCGGGCAUCGCUCUCCGCUCUUUGCUGGCCAUUGAUUUGUGGAUGUCCAAGAGGCUGGGCGUGUGCGCCGGGGAGAAGUCGUCCUGGGGCAGCGCCAGGCCCCUCAUGAAGCUGCUGGAGCUCUCGGGCCACGGCGUCCUGUGGCUGGCCGGCACCGCUUACUGUCUGUGCCGGAGUGACAGCUGGGCCGGCCGAGAGGUCCUGGUCAACCUGAUGUUCGCUCUGUUCUUGGAUCUGGUCCUGGUGGCGCUGCUCAAAGGGCUCUUCCGGCGGCGGCGGCCCUCGCACAACCAGAUGGACAUGUUGUUCACGUUCUCGGUGGACAAGUAUUCCUUCCCCUCCGGCCACGCCACCAGGGCCGCCCUGGUGUCCCGCUUCAUCCUGCACCACCUGGUGCUGGCCAUUCCGCUGAGGGUGUUGAUAGUGCUGUGGGCCUUUAUCUUGGGCCUUUCCAGGGUCAUGCUGGGAAGGCACAAUGUCACAGACGUAGCUUUUGGAUUUUUCUUAGGGUACAUACAGUACAGCAUAGUGGACUAUUUUUGGCUAUCUCCCUUUAAUGCCCCCGCGGUUUUUGCUCUGUGGAGUCCCCAGUAAAUAAUUUGUAUAUGAGACCAGAAGACAAUGAAGGCUUUCCGGAUAAAAACGAUCAAAGAUACACCAGCACCCAUCUUAUUUAGCUCUUGUAAACAUUUUGGACAUCCUUUGGAAUUCUGAGUCUAAAUGGAAAGAUAUGAUCCCUGCCAUCUUGAUAGUUGCUAGACUGGGAGCAUGUGCCAGCCAUAAAGUGAGCACAGCCAUAUUAGGUAAAUAAAAUAUAUAGGGAGAAUUAGACAUAUCUAUAUCUUCAUUAACAGCUAGCUAUCCGCAAGACAAUAGCAAAGGGACCAAACAAUUUAGUUUCUCUUGCUGUUGACUACCAAUUUUUUUUAAAGUUUACAUCAGUGGAUGAUAUAAUUCCACAUAUCACCCAUACUCAUAGCAUUUGUUUUUAAAAGGGGAAAAGGAAGGAAAUAAGUUAACUACAAUCAUAUUUUGCAUUGUUAAUAUGUAUUAAAGUGAACAACAGUAGUUUUGCUGUAUUGUCCCACAGUAGGUUUCAAACACUAUUUUAAAAAUAUAGAACACAUUCGAUUACUUUUAUCUCUAAAAGUCUGGUGCUACAGAUAUGAAGUUGUCUUUUUUAAUUUCAAUUUACUCUUAAGAGAACCCACACUUUUUUUUUUUUUUUUUUUUUUGGUAGAUUGGAGGACACUAUGCUGAUGUAGGAAAUUAGGACAUAGGGAAGAAAGGACUCUCCCAUUAAAAAAUAUAUAUAUAUCUUACCCAUUACUAUCUGAUAUUACCUGUUAGUAUAUGGAAGGGAGCUCAGUGGCUGAAACUCCAAAAGUAGAAUAUACAUUAAUACUUCAAGGAUCUAUUCAGAGUGAAUGCACCUUCUACCAAUGAAGAUUGCAAACUCUCCAUACCUUAUUAUAUGGUUUCAUGACCUUGCUGUGGAUUAAAAAAAAAAAUUAAUCUCUCAGUAGCUAGUCCUAUGAUUACAACUUGUUCCAAUUCAGCCAGAUUGGCCCUUGGACCAGAGAUAUCACCUGAUCUUUAUGUGAAGCCUUUCCAGCUUAAUGGGAUUUAUCUUCCAGAGACUGCAUUUCAUUGACAUAUCCUUCAAAAAUUCAAGAUUCCAUCCACUCCAUGAGGAAUGAUUUAAAUGGAGGAGCACACAAUUUAAAUAGGAAAACAACACACCAAAAAACCCUGAGAGGUGUGAAUUAGGUGCAAUGAGACUGUCUUCAGAAGAUCUGUGAAUUUUGCUGUAUAUUUAUGGUGAUUGUUGAACAAGUCACAUUCCCCAAACUGUGACAAAAGCAGUAAAAAUAAAUCUCUUUCAAAAGAGUUCAUUUUUUUUAAAAAAAAUCACUAGCUGAGAAAGAUCAACUAGAAAGUGGCCUGUGAGGAAACAUUUUAACUAAUAGAGAAUAACUGUGAAGCCACUUGAUAAAAUGCUUUGUUGCCUAUCAUUUCUACUCAAUAAAAGAUAAAACUGCUGAA